GCACUAGGUACCCAGCUUGCGAGGAAGGAAGGAGCAAGCUGCAAGGGAGGAGCACGGGAGGAAGGUGAAGGAAGGAGAAGCUUUCAUCAAAACUCAAAUGCGGGACGUGCUUGCUUGACAGAAGACGUCUGCGGGGCUCUUCGUAGAGGCAAAUUGAAGUGCAACGGGUAGCGUGUUUUGACACCGAACGCAGUAGCAAAUAGCCAAGAGGUAUUGUGAGCUCAAUGUGGCGGUUCGCCGUUGACCAAAUCUGAUUUUGAUAGAAGCUCCUGUUAGCUGCUUUACAUGCGUUGCAGCCAUACGCUAGGGUUGCCUGCUGAGUGAUUGCUAACAGGUGAUCAAUUUAAGAGACUCUGCAUACUGUCCUUUCGCAGGAGGCCAAGCGAGGGUUACCCAAAUAUGCCCAGAUUGAUUGAAGUGCUCCUAAAGUUCCAGUCACAGGCAAGCAGGAAAGUGUGACAGAGUGAUUAAGGCAUCAACAUGACGCUGGCAGGUGAUGGGGUUUGCAUUAGCCAGCGCAUGAGCCAGGUGCAACUGGAAACCCCCAAGCAGAGGCAGCAAGUUGGAGGAAUUGAGAGCCAGGCUGUGCAAUCAAGAGAACAAUCCGGCAAAGCGACCUGGGGCCUUGAUGACAACAGCCAGGACCUCCUUUGUAGUCAGGACUUCUUCUGCACUCCUGACUUCAUCACCCCCGUCGAGCAGCAGUUCAACAUAGACCUGAGCAGCAAGAAGGAGAACAAGGAGAAUGUACGGCCACAAAGGUCGCCAGUCCAGUUCUCCCCUAUGCGGAGCAAGCGGCCUCGGCCAGAUCUGCCCCCUCGCGUCCCCUCUUCCUGGUCCCAACCAGAGCCCGAAACCAGCUCCCAACCUCUCCCCUCUGAGACCAAUGACAUGAGCCAAGACCCCCCUCCUGAGAGCCAGGACAAUGAAAUGGAACACUCAUUUCACUUCGACCUGGGGGGGUCCAGUCAAGGGCUCCCAGGACCCCCCGACGACGCCACCUCGGGCGACAAAAUGGUCACCUCGUCUGCGGGGGGGAGGGCGGACUUCGCCGGCUUGACUGCGGAGUUGCAGGCUCGGGAAAAGGAAAGGGUUUUGGGAGGGGCUGAACCUGGGUCAGAGAAACUGAGCCAAGAAGGGUUUAGAAUAUCGAAGCCAAGCAAGCCCCCCGCACAGCGGCAGCCUCUUUUCCAUGCUGGAAGUGUGGGGGUGGCAAAGGCAGCCCCCACUCCAAAAUUCAACAGUGGGGGGAGCACUCAAUUCAGCCAGCCCCGCCCAAGCCCAUUCACUCCAAGUGCAAGCGCUUUCCGAGGGGGGGCGCCCCGCCCUGGGGGGUCUACGGGGCGGCUGAACCAAGCGUCAGCAAAAGCACGGUUAGGGUCUCAGUUGAUAACCAAUAACCCAGCGGCGGAUAGGAACAAAAAGGCGCCGCUUACGCUCUGGGGGGGCAGCCAGGCUGCGAACCGAGCCCCGACGGCUCCCCCUGCGGAAGAAGUCAGGGUCCCAAAUGCAAGCCAGUUUAUUCCAAACGGGGCGACAAAAUCCUCGAGGAUCUCGCAGCUGGCGGUGAUGAAGAACAAGGUUCAGUCCCAGCCGUGUGUGCGGAACCCUUUCUUAGUGGAGGCGGGCGAAACGGAGCCGGGAAGCAACAAGACUAAGUUUACUGAUGUCCCAAUGAGCAGCCCCGCCUCCAGAUAUAAGGAGGACUUUCACGAGAUCAAGGAGAUAGGCCGGGGCAACUUCAGCCGCGUUUACAAGGUGCGGAGGCGCCUUGACGGCUGCCUGUACGCUAUGAAGCGGUCCAUGAAGCCAAUUUACCAGGACUCAGAGAAGAAGGUGGCGCUUAUGGAGGUGCAGGGCCUUGCUGCAGCAGGGAGCCAUCCCCACAUCGUGCGCUACUACAACGCCUGGUUCGAGAGCGACUACCUGUACAUACAAACGGAGCUCUGCGAGCGGAGCCUUGAGGUCAAAGAGGGCGACACGCAGCCCAUGGCAGAGCUCGAGUUGGUCGCCGUGAUGCAGCAGAUGGCGGAAGCACUACAACACCUCCACGCGCGCGGCAUCGCCCACUUGGACCUGAAGCCGGACAACAUCUACGUGUCGGACGGUUCGUACAAGCUGGGCGACUUCGGACGGGCGGUGCGGGCCGACUCGGUCGGGGUCGAAGAAGGGGACAGUAGGUACAUGCCUCAGGAGAUUCUGAACAGCGCCUCGAAGUGCGACCUCACGAAGGUUGAUCUUUUCUCGCUUGGCGCGACCUUGUACGAGCUCGCGCGCGCAGAGCCGUUGCCGAAAGCAGGGAGCGAGUACCACCAGAUCCGACACGGCGAUCUGGCGCCAAUGCCGCUUGUCUCCCCGCAUUUCACGGAUCUUGUCAGGUCGUUACUGCAUAUAGACCCAGCCGCACGACCAAGCGCCGCAAGCAUUCUGGAGCACGCUUCGCAUCUGCGAAAGUCAACUUAUACUUGAGGAAUACAACACUGAGAUUCUCUUGUAGCAAGGUGUCUGUCCGUCGAGUUGGAGAAUAGGUCUUUGGUUCUUACGUUGUACGUUCAGGGCUGUUGGGGGACAAAACCGGUCCAUAACACCUUCUGCCGGGACACGUCCCGGCGGCCUGCUUCCGGCAAGGCUGCAAGAGUGAGAUGAUGUGCAGCCGCUUGCUGCACGCUUCUAACCUGUUUCUUUAGCAUGGAAGCCAAUCCGAU